CCAGAUACCUCUUUCUUCUAUGGAGUACAUUAUAUUCUCAACCGCUGCAAUACUUCUCUGGCCGUAAUUAUCUUUUCUUCUCAACCGUCUUCGUAGUCUCUCUAUAUAUCUCGACUUUAACAAUAGCAACAACAAUUAUAACUGCCGUCGUGCAAUCUCUGUCCCGAAAUCCUCAAAGUUAGAUAAUAAGAUCGCGUGUCGGAAUUGUGUUUCAUGUGUUUCGAUGAACAAAUCCGGAGUCUGGAACUUCAAUCUUAUAAAUUUUAUUUUCUUUUACCUUUUUUUGUUUGUUUAGUGCAUUUGCAAUUUAGGUUUUUUUUUUGUAAAAUAAAAAAAUAGAAUCGAACUAAUCAUAUUUUCAGUGCUAAACGAUUUGUUCUCAGUCCUAUUGUUUCAGUGAUAGGUUUCUGCAAUCGCAUUGACACGGCUACGAUUCAGUUUCUAGCAAUUGUAUAUGGACUUUGCGGAGGAAGAGAAUGGGUUUCAUGGAAGUGUGCCUGAGUUUGGUGCUAUUUUUAUGUCGAAUAUUGCAACAAAAAGAGAAUGCUUCAAGAAGAAAGUAUUGGGCCUUCCAAUGUCCCAGGCUAACUUCGUGAAAGAGGUUAAAAGCGGAAUGGUUUUGUUCCUAUUUGAAUAUGAAAAGAGGGAGCUAUUUGGAGUGUAUCGUGCUAUCUCAGAUGGUGGAGUGAAUAUUGUAUCUCAUGCAUUUAGUUCAUCAGGUGUCAAGUAUCAUGCACAGGUUCGUUUUACCCCAAUUUGGAUAUGCAGUCCACUUUCUGAACCUGAAUUUCGUGGAGCAAUUAGUGCUAAUUACUAUUCUGCAAGGAAGUUUAACUUUGGUUUAUCUCAGAACCAGGUUCACAGUCUUCUGAUGUUGUUCAGCACAAGGAAGUUAAGAACUAGUCUACCCCCUAGGCAGUUUACUAGAGUCGACAUGGAACAAGUUGUGGAAAACAGCAGUGUGGUUGAUGAUGAGAGCCCUGAUUUUCGUAAUGGUUAUCUCAAAGAAAAUAGUUUUCAGUCCUCACCAAUGAAGGCAUAUCCAAUGAACUUUUUUCAUAAAGAUAAUAGGAUGAACAGUGAUACUCAUUUUAAAGUGGAUAUGAUCAAUAGUGAAUAUGGAGUUAGUUUUUCAGAAGGGAAAUACUUCAAUAAUACCUAUACUGAUUCCCCCACGAGGAGAAUAGCAUAUGAUGAUGGCAGGAUAUCUUUUGAUCAUGUUGCACAUAACAGACCUAAUGAUCAUCCUCUGAUUAAGGACAAAAGGUUAGCUGAUGGUAGCCGGUUUGAGAUAGAUGAUACAGUUGGUGAGUGUAAUGAUCUUCCAUCUGUUAUGCAUUCUAAUGGUCUUGUUGGUCCUGCUCAUUUUUCUGGAAAAGCCGAUGUUGCUAUGUUCACUGAUAGGGAAAGGAUAGUAGAUACGUUCAAUUCCGGUUUAGGGGUGACCAGGUUGACCAAAGGUAAUGAGAAACUUUCGAACAUUUGCACUUCUGCAUUUGCAUCACAUGGUGGAUGGUCUCUCCUCAAAGAUGGUUUUGAAGAGCUCCCUAACACGGACAACACUCAUUCACCCACCGUCCCUGGUAACGAGAGAAGUGGCUAUGGAACUAUAGUUGAGAAUCCUGGUAGUCAGUAUGGAUUUAUCCAUGAUAGCUCUGAAAAUAAGCAUCUUAAGAAAUAUGCUGCCAUUUCUGAGAUCACAUCUUCUCACUUUGUAAGUACAGUAAGUGACAAAGAUGAAUUAUAUGGAGAUACUAGAUCUCCAGUAGAUCCAAAUAGAAGAGAUCAUAGUCCAGAUACUUUUGUGGGUCCAGGCUUUCUUGAGAGGAGAAAAAAGUACGUUGAGUCUUUUGGUAGGGAUAGAAGAGUUUAUGAAAAUACAAAUGGAUUUGGGCUUGGACCUCUUGCUUCAAAAGAAUCUACUUUUUGCCAAAAUGUAGAUGAACAAUGGGAUAAUGCACACUGGUACAGGAACAACAGUGUUGCCAAAGCUGCAUCUUAUGUGGAGAAUUUUGAUAGAGUUCAUGAAAGCACUAAUGAAUAUGUGCCUGGACCUCCUUCAAACAAACAAUCUCUUUUUAACCAAAAUGUAGAUGAUCAAUGGGCGAAUGCAAGAUGGUAUAGGAACAACAAUGCUGAGAAAGCUCCAUCUUAUGUGGAGAAUAAUGAUAGAAUUCAUGAAAAUGCUAAUGAAUAUGUGGUUGCACCUUCUGCUUCAAAUGAACAGUCUACUUGUUACCAAAACAUUGAUGAACAGUUGUCUAAUGCAGGCUGGUACAGGUCCAACAAUGCUGAAAAAGCUGUAUCUUAUGUGGAAAAUUUGGAUAUGCAUCGCCAUUCACAAAAUGAGAUGGAGCAAUUUACUCCACUAAACUGUGGCAUGUCAUUUUUUGAGACAGCUCUCUCUCGAAUAACAGAAGCAGCAAGUUUUGAUGCAUCUCCUUCAAAAUUUCAAAAUGCAACAACAAUUGCAAGAGCUCUACCAUCUGAUCAUGAGCUUACUCGUCAUUGUGGACACUCUUCGUACCAUCAAGUGGAUCACGGAUCUAGUUUAGUACAGAAAAACAACUCUCAUAGGUUUGCGGAACAGAAUCUUGAUGCUUUGCCCAAAGACAUUGCAUUCCAUGAAAAAGCAGGUGUUUCGACAGGGUAUUCAGACUUCGCUUCUGCUGAUCAUAGGCAAAGAUCACAUCUUCACAUACAGUCAGGGAUUUCUGAAUCUCAUUUAAAUUCUGAUUUUCCCGAGAAUAUCGGGCUUGAUGCUUAUAGAGUUCCACCUGCUUCAAGGUCAUAUCUGGACUUUCCAUCCGUGAACCCAGGUGAAGCAGCCCUUCAAGGAGAAAAUGUAGGAUUUCUCCAUCUGCCCUUUUAUUCUUGUAGUAAGCCUUCAUAUGCUUCGAACAGUACUAUGCCGUCACUUGGUAUCAAAGAUUGUAUUGCACUGCAAGAAAGUGAUGGACUGCUCUACAGUGGUGUAGUUUCUGAAAAAAAUGCGAUUGAUGAUGGAACUCAUCGUAAUAUAUCAACUGAGAUUUCAGAUUCUGGAUACAAACAAUGCAUGCGAAAGAGUGUCUUCUCUCGGUUAUCUUCUAACAAGUGCCCACCGAAAGAAAAAGAAUCUGAUCGUGUCACUAGUCAUGAUCGUUAUGUCAUGGACACAUCUGUUGACGAUGUCAUGGACAUGCUCCAAAACCACGUGAAGAAGAAAAUUAGAUGCAAACCAUUGGUAAAAUGCCAUGAUGACAAUGUAGUUACAAUCCAUGGAAAGCAUGAUGUAGUUGAGCCGGAUCACAAUCCUUCGAUGAUCACAUCACUUAAGAAGACUGAUAAGAGGAAUGUGCAUCAAUCUAUCGAACAAAAAGUGGCUCCUGAUUCACCAACAGAGACUCGUGCUGUAGAUUUCAAUCGUCGCAGUGAUAUAAUGAAAAAGUUGCAUGUUAGUGACAGUUCUAUGGUUAAGGAACUGCCAGUCAAACCCCCAAAGCAUAGGACUCUCAAGGAGAAGGUGCCUUCUGUAAACGAAGUUGACAAGGAACCUGCAUGUAAAAUUGCCAAACGCAGAUUGCUGGCAAGGCCAUUAUUUGGGAAAGCUGGUGACACAUUUGAUGAGGCUGAUCACCAGAGUGUCUAUCAUAAGACAUCUAAUGAUGAAGUUGACAAGGAACCUGCAUGUAAAAUUGCCAAACGCAGAAAGCUGGUGAGGCCAUUAUUUGGGAAAGCUGGUGGGACAUCAUUUGAUAGGUCUGACCACCAGAGUGUCUGUCAUAAUACAUCUAAUGAUGAUCCAAAAUUCGAUAUAGAAAAAGAACACAGUACCAAUGACCUGCCAGCAAGCGGACAUGAGAAGAGCUCAGAUCUUCCGGCAGACUCAUCAUAUAGGGACGGGGAUGGUAAUAUAACAUCUCUAGAUAAUGUAUCAACCAAUGUGCUCCUUCCAAUUGUCCAUGAGAACAAGGAUCCUAAUGUUAAACCAAGCUUGGAUUGUGAAAAUAACAGGACUGAAAUGCAAGAUAUCUCAAUUAUGGACCCCGAUAUUAAGAAUGCAGUGCAAUGCUCCGAAGCUGCACCCUUGGUAGCAUCACAGUGUUCCAUUCGUACCUCCGGUUUUUGAACCCGAGAUGUUGGUACAUUUGAAGGUACUAAGGUCAGUGAUUAAUAUUUUUGUAUGUUCUGAUGAUAUUCAAGGUGCUGAAAAUGUGGUCAGCAACCUUCCUAGGACUUGAAAGUUUUAAAAGUACAAGGUAACAUAUGCCAUUAUGCCCUGAAGCAAAGGACUAACCUUAUGACAGCUGUUGUCUAUGUGAAGGUUAAUUGGCUUUGUUUUUUGUAGCAUAAGGAGGUGGGGGUGUGGUCUACAUAUGGGAACUUCCCCUGUUGGUAUAGUAUCCUUUGUUUGUGGGUCGGUCCGAAAUCCCGCAUAUUUAGCUUCUAUUCAUUGCUCCCUCCUUGUGGCAAUCAGCACGUCAUGAUACAGAUCGGUCUGAGAUAUGAUAUAGGGAUGGCUCAGAUUUAGUUGAUUGUUGACACACAGAUCUCCACUUGGUGUUUUUGUAACUUGCAUGCUGCAAGAAUGAUCAGUAGUGGUUGAACAUGUUUAUAGGCAUUUAAGCUUUUUAAGCACACAAUAAUGCUGUAUCAACUUGCAAUAAUGCUAUUGGGUUUAU